CUCAGACGGUGACACGGCCCUCGUUCCUCCACAGCCACAGAGGCAGAGACUCCAAACUCGUGGUAACCAUCUCGGCACCUCGUCGGAGAACAGAACAACCUGACCGCCCGAGCAAGAGGAGGAAGAAGAUGGCCUCGUCCGCAUCCUUGCUCCACCCUUCCACGCUCGCUCCAGCCUCCUCGCGGCCCCUGCCGCGUCGCGGGCUUGCCCCGCCGCAGCUCGGCCUCCGCUCCAGCCCCCGCCGUCCCCGCGGCGUCUCGCUGACCGUCGCCGCCGCCGCGUCGCCGGACGUCGAGAAGGCGCCCUCCUCGUCACCCCCUGCGCCUUCGGACGAGCCCUCCGACCUAUCGGCCGUGGCGGAGAGCGUGAAGGUGCUCAAGGACGCGGCCAAGACGAGGAAGGUGCCGGCCCCGGAGGUGCUGGCGGCGCUGGCCAAGAUCAAGAAGGCCAAGCUCGACACCUCCAGCUUCUUCGAGACCCUCGGCGGGACCGAGUCCCCCGGCAGGACAUGGAUGCUCAUCUUCACCGCCCAGGGUAGUAAGCUCGAGAAAGGCAGCUACUUCCCGGUGACCGCCGUCCAGCGCUUCGACGCCGCGGGGCAGAGGAUUGAGAACGGGGUGUACCUGGGCCCGGCGGGGAGCCUGACCUUCGAGGGGCGGCUGUCAUGGAAGAAGAAGAUCCUGGCCUUCGUCUUCGAGCGGAUCCGCGUCAAGGUCGGUCCGCUGCCCUCCCUGGAGAUCCCCUUCGGCGGCGGCGACAAGAGCAGGGAGCCGAGCACCAAGGACCCCUUCUUCCUGUGGUUCUACGUCGACGAGGAGAUUGCCGUGGCGCAGGGCAAGGGCGGCGGCACCGCAUUCUGGUGCCGCUGCAGGCGCGUCCCGGCAUGACGACCAAGGUCCCGUUCGAUCGGUUUAGCGCCUGAAGCAUCAGAAGCUCCCUCUCUUUUCUCUAGUCCGUAGCCAUUGUUUUGAUGUUCUUCAGCUUACUGUACACAAUUAUGUAGACGGAUGACGAAAUAUUCGAACCAAGAGAUGAUACUACUUA